AUGAAGAUCCUUAAAAAGAUGCUAGACCCUUACGAGGAGCACUUUUUUGUCUCGCUCUCGAAUGUUUGGGAAGCGUAUGUGAAAGGUAUCAUCCCGGACAACUGCUAUUUGGACUCAUGUCUUUCUGAGCGGUCAAAUCCAGUUGAUUUUCUUCGAAAAGAAAUGUCCAGUCUGGUCAUUGAUCGAUCACUCAGCAUGAAAAAGAAGAUCACAGAAGCAAUGAAUGUAAAUCAUCGACUGGGAAAACUGAUGAUUUACAAGAACUUUCUUUCCUUACACAAGACUUGUCUGAAAUACCUUAUCGACUACAUCCCCGGCUUUCAAGACAUGGCAGAGUCGACAAAGAAUACAAUUGUUUCGAAAUCCUGGUUUGCCGUCAAAGUUCUUAGAGGUGUCUCGGUCACGAACACAACGGAUUAUUCGCACAUCGAAUUGACCGGCGAGGAUAUAACAGUAGAUUUCUACAAUGAAAUCGGAGUCCCGACAAGUCUUUUGAACGACAUCAAGCUGAUUAUCUUCAGCAUUUUCACGCAAGGAUCAAACAUGCGAGAGUUUCCUCUCAUCAUGGCGAUAAUUUUCCUGUCCGUCGAUCUGGAGGAUGAAAAUGUGGCGUUUUCUGACCGACCCGUUCUACAAAGACUUCUGAAAAUGGCUUCUACAGUGCUUCUAAAAAUGAUCAAGCAGGUCAAUUAUACAGUCGAUUUUCAAAGACACGUAGCUCGAGUCUUCCAACAUAUGCAGAUUACCAAACAAAAACUCAGAACUGACAGAGAUGAAAUCCACAACUACUCAGUGUACGAGCCAAAGAUCAUGUCUCUCAGUGAGAUUCCCUCGCCCUGCCCAUAA